GGGCCAGCGGGGGACGCUGCUUGGGCAUGCGAUGAUCUUGAGGCGGCAGUCCUGAGACAGGGUCGGUUCCGCCUGAGUCUUGGGCGGGUCUGGCUGCCACCCCGCGUCACCCGGCGGGCAUGCAGCAGCGCCGGACAGGCUCUGCCUCCAAGUACGAAACUCAUAGUAAAGUUUGCGCCUCGCCUGCCGCCUCUUGCCCCCGCGACCCCCGUCCCGGCAAAGAAAUCCUGAAGGAACUAGAUGAGUAUUAUGAGAAGUUUAAACGGGAGACGGAUGGCACCCAGAAGAGGAGAUUGUUGCACUGCAUUCAGAGAGCCCUGAUCCGAAGCCAGGAGCUGGGUGAUGAGAAGAUCCAGAUUGUAAGUCAGAUGGUGGAGCUGGUGGAGAACCGGACCAGGCAGGUGGACAGUCACGUGGAACUCUUUGAGGCACACCAAGAGGUCAGUGACACAACUGGCCACAGUGGCAAAGCCGGCCAGGAUAAGUCUAAGAAUGAGACAAUCACACAGGCAGAAAAGCCUAACAACAAGAGGUCUCGACGACAGCGCAACAAUGAAAAUCGGGAGAAUGCAGCUAAUAAUCACGACCAUGAUGAUAUCACCUCAGGAACGCCAAAGGAGAAGAAAGCAAAGGCUUCCAAGAAGAAGAAACGCUCCAAGGCCAAAGCAGAGAGGGAAGCAUCCCCUGCAGACCUUCCCAUUGACCCCAACGAGCCUACGUACUGUCUGUGCAAUCAGGUCUCCUAUGGAGAAAUGAUCGGCUGUGACAACGACGAGUGCCCUAUUGAGUGGUUCCACUUCUCCUGUGUAGGACUGAAUCAUAAACCAAAGGGCAAGUGGUACUGUCCCAAAUGUCGAGGGGAGAAUGAGAAAACCAUGGACAAAGCCCUGGAGAAAUCCAAAAAGGAGAGGGCUUAUAACAGGUAGUUGGUGGACCUUGAUGGACCUUGAUGAACAGCGAGGAGAACUAAGCCAGUGUAUUUAUUACAUCGUCACCUUUGGUGAGGUGCAAAGACUGUACAAUGUAUAUUUUUAAAGAAUGUUAGAAAAGGAGCCAUUCCUUUUGUAGGGAUGGCAGUGAUUCUCUUUGCCUUUUGUUUUCAUUGGUACACGUGUAAUAAGAAAGUGGUCUGUGGAUCAACAUUUUAGAAACUGCAAAUAUAGGUUUGAAUUAAACACUCAAGUGAGUCUCAGACUGGUUUGUUUUUUGUUGUUGGGUGGGGCUGGGAAGUUGACUUGGAA